AUGGGGUUUCGUGGUGCCGAUACGUACAGUGUGAAAUAUUGUGAACAGGGUCGAUAUGAAUAUCAACGAUACCUUAUGAUAAAUCGAUUUCCAAGUGAGUACAAGAAACACUUUCUAGGAUUUCUCUCUAAUAUUCGUGCUGGAUCUGGACCAGCUAGUAUUCCACAGGAAACUCUUCAUUGGCUUUUACGUAUGAUUGUGGAUAAUUUUAACCCACAACAUGUGCAUUAUAUUGCGGCCAUGAAGACACUUCAAGAUACAGGAGAGUUAGAUAUGGCAAGAGAUGUUUGGAAGAUAAUGGAACGUCAGCAGACGUGGCCGUGUACUUCUACUAUCUGUAGUUACCUUGAUAUUUGUGUACAGGCAGGUGAAAAGACUUGGGCAAUGGAGGCAUGGAAUCGCUAUUGCACAGAGUUGAAGUUUUUGCAACCUGGA